UAUUCCGAAUAAAAGAUGGCGAACACGGGUGUACUGCCGUUUGUACGCGGUGUCGAUUUUACCACAAAUGACUUUAGUGGUGAUAAAUUUCCGAACGCACUUCGAUUGAUGACACGAGUCCAAUGGCUCAAACUAGACCGCACACAUCUCAAAGAGAUUCCCGAAGAAAUGGGAAAUCUGCACAAACUUGAACAUCUAUCCAUGAAGAAUAAUGAGCUAGAAAAGCUCUUUGGAGAACUAACCGAACUGGGAUGCCUAAGAUCGUUGAACCUCCGUCACAAUAACAUAAAGAGUAGUGGCAUACCACCUGAGCUAUUCCGCUUGGACGAAUUGACAACUCUCGACCUGUCGCACAACAAAUUGAAAGAAGUUCCCGAAGGCUUGGAGCGUGCCAAAAACUUACUCGUGUUGAAUUUAAGCCACAACCAAAUCGAAACCAUUCCUACAGCAUUAUUCAUACAUCUAACAGAUUUACUGCUACUUGACUUGUCACACAACAAGUUGGAGACACUGCCUCCUCAAACUCGCCGUCUGGCAAACCUUCAAACUCUUAUCCUUGCCGAUAAUCCUUUGGAGCUGUUUCAAUUGAGACAACUUCCCUCGCUUCAGAACCUUGAAGUUCUCAAUAUGCGAAACACACAGAGAACUCUCUUGAAUUUCCCCACAACACUGGACAGUUUGUCGAACUUGGCAGAGUUGGAUCUAUCCCAGAAUUGUCUGCCCAAAGUUCCAGACUGUCUCUACAAUCUGCCCAAUUUGAAACGUCUUAAUCUUAGUGACAACGAAAUCACUGAACUUUCAUCUGGGGUUGAGUUUUGGCAAAAGUUAGAAACCCUAAAUCUGUCGCGGAAUCAAUUGACAGCAUUGCCUUCUGCUAUUUGCAAACUUGCUAAUCUACGUCGCUUGUAUUUGAAUGAUAACAAGUUGGAUUUUGAAGGCAUUCCCUCGGGUGUUGGAAAGCUCUGUAGCAUGGAGGUAUUCUCUGCUUCUAAUAAUCGCUUGGAAAUGGUACCAGAAGGUCUAUGCCGUUGUGGAUCCCUCAAAAAGCUAAAUUUGAGCUCAAAUCGAUUGAUAACUCUACCCGAUGCUAUUCAUCUUCUAUCAGACCUCGAUCAGUUGGAUUUACGUAAUAACCCCGACUUGAUAAUGCCUCCAAAGCCAACAGAAAUAACUAAAGGCUCUGGCAUUGAAUUUUACAACAUUGAUUUCUCUCUGCAAACACAGCUUCGUCUAGCUGGAGCCAGUGUUCCACCAUCGAUUCCAGCUAAUGGCACUGGUAAAGAUCCUAUUGCUCGUAAAAUUCGCCUUCGCCGAGGUGUACGCAACGAUGGACCCGAUCAGGAUUCUGCUAAGAUCCUUAAAGGCAUGAAAGACAUUGCCAAAGAGAAAGACGAUGCCACAAACAAUACCAAUUCGUGGAAUGGUGAUGAUGGCAAACCUGAAAGCUUAAAACCAAAACGAUGGGAUGAAUCAUUGGAAAAACCACCACUUGAUUAUUCCAAGUUCUUCGAAAAGGAUGAUGGUCAAUUGCCAGGCAUCACAAUUUGGGAAAUUGAGAAUUUUUUGCCAAAUAAAAUUGAAGAAGUUGCACAUGGCAAAUUCUAUGAGGGAGAUUGUUAUAUUGUUUUGAAGACAAGUUUGGAUGAUUUGGGUCAGCUAACUUGGGAGAUAUUCUUCUGGAUUGGUAACAAUGCUACUUUGGAUAAACGGGCUUGUGCGGCUAUUCAUGCUGUUAAUUUGAGAAACUUUUUGGGUGCCCGUUGCCGGACCAUUCGUGAAGAACAGAAUGACGAAUCGGAAGAAUUCCUGGCACUCUUUGAUACCGACGUAACUUACAUUGAAGGUGGACGCACUGCAACUGGCUUUUAUACAAUCGAAGACAUGUUGUACACCAUCCGAUUAUAUCGUGUUCAUGCUGCAGGUGCAUCGAUUCAUCUAGAACCUGUUGCUGUUGAUUUUAAUUCUUUAGAUCCACGAUAUGCCUUUGUUCUGGACUGUGGACAAAAAAUGUUCCUUUGGUAUGGACGUUGUUCGAAGAACACUCUGAACUCCAAGUCACGACUAAUGGCUGAAAAAAUCAAUAAAACCGAACGAAAGAACAAGUGUGAUAUCAUUGUUGAGAUGCAAGGUGAUGAGAGUACAGAAUUUUGGGAGCAAUUAGGCGCCGAUCCAGAUAUUGCAUCUGCAUCAAAAAUUCCUCAGCAUGUAUCAGAGAAUUUUGUACCACCUAUUCCACGUUUGUAUCAAGUUCAACUCGGAAUGGGUUAUUUGGAACUGCCUCAGGUUGAAAUUCCCGAACAGAAACUAGUUCACACUCUGCUCAGUAGCAAGAACGUCUAUAUCCUUGAUUGCUAUGCCGAUUUGUUUGUGUGGUUUGGCAAAAAGUCAACUCGUUUGGUCCGCGCUGCGGCGGUAAAACUCUCAAGAGAACUCUUCAAUAUGAUCAAUCGACCAGAGUAUGCUUUGGUCACUCGAGUUCAAGAAGGAACUGAAAUUCAAAUCUUUAAAUCGAAAUUCAUUGGCUGGGAUGAGGUUAUGGCAGUAGAUUUCACACGAACAGCAACCUCAGUCGCAAAGACUGGCGCCGAUUUGACUAUAUGGGCUAGAAAGCAAGAAACAAAAUCUGACUUGGCUGCUCUCUUUAUGCCACGACAAAACCCAAUGGCAUUAACUGAAGCCGAACAAUUGGAAGAAGAGUGGAACUAUGACUUGGAAGCAAUGGAAGCAUUUGUUUUGGAAGGCAAGAAGUUUGUCCGGUUGCCAGAAGAAGAACUGGGUCACUUUUACACCGGCGAAUGUUAUGUAUUUUUAUGUCGAUAUUGUAUUCCUUUGGAAGACGAAGGAGACGAUGCUCCUGAAGAUGAUAAUAGGGCUCCGCCCGAUGAAGAAAUUCAAUGUGUAGUUUACUUCUGGCAAGGAAGAAAUGCCGGUAACAUGGGAUGGUUAACAUUCACAUUUACUCUGCAAAAGAAAUUCAAAGCUAUGUUUGGUGAAGAGCUCGAAGUAAUUCGUAUUCAUCAACAGCAAGAGAAUCUUAAAUUCAUGGCUCACUUUAAGAGAACAUUUAUUAUACACACUGGCAAGCGAAAGGAUAAGCAAAAGACCCCAGAUGGCAAAGCUGCUGUAGAAUUUUUCCAUCUUCGUUCGAAUGGUGGUGCAUUAUGUACACGAUUGAUACAAAUCCAACCAGAAGCAGUUAACUUAAAUUCGGCUUUCUGUUACAUUUUGUAUGUACCAUUUGAAACAGAAGAUGAAUCUCAAUCGGGAAUUGUUUAUGUUUGGAUCGGAUCCAAAGCUGCACCAGAAGAAGCUAAGCUAAUACAAGAUAUUGCUGAGAAUAUGUUUAAUAACCCAUGGGUUAGCCUACAGAUCCUAAACGAAGGAGAAGAACCAGAGAACUUCUUCUGGGUAGCCCUAGGUGGACGUAAACCAUACGACACAAAUGCCGAUUAUAUGAACUUCACACGUCUUUUCCGUUGUUCUAACGAGAAAGGCUACUUCACCGUUGCCGAAAAAUGCUCUGACUUCUGUCAAGAUGAUCUGGCCGAUGAUGACAUCAUGAUUUUGGACAACGGAGAACAAGUAUUUCUAUGGCCUGGUUCGAGAUGUAGUGAAGUUGAAAUAAAACUAGCUUACAAAUCUGCACAAGUAUACAUUCAACAUAUGAGGAUCAAACAACCAGAAAGACCGCGCAAACUCUUCCUCACCCUCAAGAACAAGGAAUCAAAACGUUUUACGAAAUGUUUCCAUGGCUGGGGUGCUCACAAAGCGCCACCCGAAUAGUAGUAGCGAUGAUGCAUAAUAUUUUCGUUCUUCAUUUUAAAUGUUUAUACAAUAUUAACAACGUACUGAUACACUUUUACAUGUAACUUAUUUAAAAUAUAUAUAUAUUAUAAUUAUUAUAUAUCAUAAUAAAAUGCUAAUAUUUUUUGCAGUAUAUAUAAUAUAUACAUAUA